GUGGUUUGUUGCCCUAUAUUUUUUAUCCUGGUAAAAAAAAAAGGGGGAUUUUAAGGGAUUUGGUCCAAGCCCAAGCGUUUACAGAGAGAUCUGAGCCCAACGAUGAGAGGAAUGGAAGAUGAGUGUCAUCUUGUUGCUUACGAGAUUCAACUUCGUUUUUGAAAUUUCUGCAACUCGAAGCAAUUCCUUCUGGGAGACUAGGUCGCUCGUAGACUUUUUACAUGUUUUUCAACUCUCUUAAGCUUAUUAUCAUUACAAUAUCGUUCAAAUUUGACCCUUUACGAUGAUGUCCCCAAAUCCUAGCUCCGACGAUCGCGGCUCUUCUAAUGCGGCUAAUUUCAGGCACACCCCCUUGCAAAUAAUCCAUUUCAUUGGCAACUUCUUGAGGAUAUGGUCUGUGUAUUCCAUGUACAGCUAUCUGUCUCAAACAGGAGCUUCUGUUGUACUUUUUAUCUUCAGUUGUCUUGUUCCAUCAUCCAUCCUCUUUUUAAUUCUGCAAAAGCCAUGGAAAGGAAGGCCACUCUCAAAUACACAGGUAGUACCUUCGCUUAUUAAUGGUGUGAUUACAGCUUUAUACUACAUCUUAUGGGGAAUAGGCCUUAAAUCCUGUGGCCCUGUUAGGGCUAUUUUGGCAGAGUACUCAGGUGCUGUUCUUGGAGUUCUUUCUGCUGUUUUGUAUGGCCGAAAAGGGCAUAUUUGGAAAAAGGAAAUAUUAAACAUGAAGAGCAUGAUAGCUCCUAUAUCUGCUGGAGUUUUAUCAGCAUUAAGAAGGGUAAUCACAAGACGUAUCUCACUUAAGAAUCAACUAAAAAGAAGGCUUCAUGCUAUAACUAUUGCAUCUGCCACUUGCUUUCUGUUUCCUGUAGCCAUGUGGGACAUGAUUGUAGGUUCUAGCUCAACCAAUGUGGAAUUGCCAUUUUCUGUUUGGGCUUUUUCAAGCACCAUUCUCUUUGGUGUAAUAUUAAUAUUUUAUGUGGAUAGCAUUGCUGAAGAAAGGCUGCAUAUGGUGUUCUCAUCUCCAAGACAUUUAAUGGUUGCUGGAGGAUGCUUAAUUCUCAUGGAAAUCUUUUACAAAAUGGACUUCUCAUUACCAGGCUUUUUGAUUUGCUGCAUUCUAUUGGGCUUUGGAAUAUACGAAGCAACUUCUUUGGAACUCAAAGGUCUCCUCUUCCAACUUGAUAUAUUUGAGACUCGUAUCUUUGUUAAUUGCAUGGAUUAUGUGUAUGUACAUCACGAGAGAGAAGAUUAGAAGCACGUGUUCCAUAAUUGAUAAUAUCUUUAUUUUCACAAGAACUCAAGAAGCUAAGAAAUUUACUCAUGAAGGAAGAGAGGUCAAGUGAUGAAAAUGAAGUGAAUGUGAAAGUUGAUUACUAACCAACUAUUUUGAGUGUUAUUACAAGAUUAGUCACUUUUUUCACAUUUUAAUGUAUGAGAAAGUAACCAACUAACAAAUUUGUUCAAAUUAUACCAAUAUGACUUUCAAUGGUUUUAUCGGUUAUACCCCUUUUAUAUGGCUUCUACAAUCUAUAUGGUGUUCCCGUUGACAUCAACAUUAAUAAUGCUAUAAACAUCAUGAAUGAAAACGACGCA